AUGCGAGAUUGACUUAUCUUUAUUAUUACGGCUCUUCUACAGAAGAAGAGCCUUUUAGCAGCGAUACUGCUUUAUACAUUUAUGAUACUGAAAACGAAAGAGAAUUUAAGACAGAAUUACUUCUUCACUCAUGAGAGAGCAAAAUGUUUUCUAGUCACAAAAGACUUAUUUUUUCAAAUAUUAAAAAAUGUUUUAAAUUUGAUAGUAUAG